AUGCCGUGGGGGCUUGUUCUGAGCUCAUAUUUGCUCCUAUUGAUGAAAUGUUCCCAGAUGAUGCUUGAUUGUUGCCUUUCGAGAAAAAAGUAUUGUGCAAGUAAGAAAGGAGCUAUUGAAACUGAUGUGCAUGGUGAUAAAAAGGAUUCAGUGAUAGCAAGUCAAACCCUGGAUUUGACAUCUGGUUUUGAAGUUGGCCCAACAACAAAUGGUGCACGCGAUUUGGUAUCAUGUCAUAGUGCUCGGUCGGUGUUGACUAUUGCCUUCCAGUUUCCUUUUGACAAUAGUCUGCAGGAUAAUGUUGCUGUCAUGGCACGCCAGUACAUCUGUAGUGUGAUUUCCUCUGUGCAGAGGGUUGCCAUGGCGAUUUUUCCAUCUGGUAUAAACUCGGCAGUUGGCUCAAAACUCUCUCCUGGUUCUCCAGAGGCUCUUACACUAGCCAACUGGAUCUACUGCAGUUAUAGUUAUUAUUUGGGGGCAGAGUUGCUGAGAUCUGAUUCUCUCAUUGGUGAGUCAGUGCUUAAACAUUUGUGGCAUCAUCAGGAUGCUAUUUUGUGCUGUUCUUUGAAGUCGGUGCCUGUGUUUAUCUUUGCAAACCAGGGUGGCCUUGACAUGUUGGAAACAACUUGGGUGGCUUUACAAGACAUCAUGUGGUGCCUUGUAUUAACUACAUCUUGUGAAGGCAGAGAAAACUAG